AUGUUCGAUGUACCGCCCAAGUUCUACGAGCUGUGUCGCCUUUGUUUAUCGUCGGACGGUGUCAAAUUGUCCAUAUUCGAAGAGGAGGGCGCCCAGCGGAACUUUGCCGAUAAGAUACUGACGUGCCUCUCGAUUACGGUGAAAGAUGGAGAUUCUUUGCCACCAAUCAUUUGUCACCGAUGUGUGUACAAGUUGGAUGUGCUGCACAACUUCCGUGAAGUGUCACACAAAUCUGAUGUCAUACUCAAACAGUACCUGGAUUAUGCCAAGCAAUUAUCAUCGCACGAUGAUCAGAAGAAGUCUUUCUCCACUGCCAAAGUAGCAGGCUUAAGCCCUCUACAGUCAUUUCUCCAAUUGAACAAAACAUUGUUCAAUGAGGAGCCUAACUCUCCGGCCAGCAUUAAUCAAAACAUUAUACCUCAGGCGCAAACACAUCAUUUGGAGUUGCGCACCAAUGACAUGCCUGAACACGAUAACAUUAAGUGUGAACCUGAAGAUGACACGUGUUCGAACAGUUCUGAUCCAGAUAGAUUAGAAAUAGAAGAUCGUGAUGAACAAGAUACAGAGGGGGAAGAGAAUGGUUACGAUAUGACCAUUAACAAGAGAAUGAAAGUGGAAACAAAUUACGAGGAAUCGAAACCAAGUACCCCCGAUCACAGUCCGGUAAAUAGAAUGGAUACACCAGAAAGCAAUUGUUCAGAUACAAAUAUUGAUCAAGAAACAACAAAGUUGUGGCAAGCAUUAGCAAACAACAGGAGUUUAGAGAUUACAAGGACAAAUGGUGACAAGUUAAAUAAUGGAUUUACUGGCGAGGCAACUAAUCUGCUGCGUUCUUUAAUCAACAACAGACAAAUCGGUAUUACUACUGUUGAUUCUGACAGAGUAUCACCACAAAUUAGAUUUUACAGGGACACUCAAGGGACAACAAUUGAACGUACCGUACCUGAUUGUUCUGUACUCGGAAAUCGUACUAAUGUCCCGUGUAUAGAAAACAAGGGUACUUCGGUGGACAGUAAUCCAUCCAGCCCUGCCAGUGUUGGUCGUAAAGAGACUAAGGGUCGUAGAAAACAAAGUUAUCCCAGUAAAGCUCCGAUGAGCCCGGAUAUUAAUUAUCAACACGAAUCUAACGAGGAACAAGCACAAGAUUUCACAACGUGGUCAAGUAAAAUGAAAGGAAAGGUAGAAGAUUCAAAGCAAUUCGAUCAGCAUCCAGGUAGCAUGGCGAAAAAGGUAGAUAUGUCUUGCACAAAUUGCGGUACCAUGACUACAACCAUUUGGAGAAGAAACAUGAAGGGUGAAAUCGUUUGUAACGCUUGCGGGCUCUAUUACAAACUUCACGGAGUGAAUCGUCCAGUUACCAUGCGAAGGGAUACGAUACACACGCGUAGACGUAGACCCAAAGGCGAGAAACCAACGAGGCACAGAAAAAAAGGUGACACAAUUUUAACACCGCAAUCGGAACAAAUGGACGCAGAAAGUGCAGAUAUGUUAGCGGCACUCCGACGACAAAUCCAGCCCCAUUUAAUGAUGGCAGCGUUAACGCCUCCUCGUAUACCUGGGACCCAUCCACCAGCACCAGCCGCUCAACUUAAUUACUCUCUUCCUUUACCAAGUUACAUGAUGCACCAUGUAAAAUCAGAAGGGCGAGAACAAUGUCACUUAUCCGCGGAAGCAGAAGACACAGAAGAAGGAGAUACAGAGAACGUCUCGGACGUACCGUUGAACCUAGUUGCGACGUCGUUAUCCGAAGAAGCACACUGAAGAAGUACUUCGAGGAGCAUGAAAACGACUUUAACUAGGUAUAUAUGAAACGAAUAAUCUCUAGACAGAGGAUAGUCUGUCCGGUGAUACACAGGGUGUAGAAGACGAGAUUGUUCUCCUUCUCCUUUCUGCCACACUGAUUCUCGUCCAUAAUCCUUUAUCGAGCUCUCUUUAUUUCUCUCCCUUAUUUUUUCUUUUCCCCCCUUCCCCACGGUCUCGAGAAUUUUGAGGUGGUAGAAUAUUGGGAUGAUAAUUAUUGUCCCUUGAGCUACCAAGCCCGUGGUGCAGAGCGCACGAAGGAACGAUGAUAUUAAAUACGCAGUAUUAAUUACGUGGUUAUUCGAAAUAUGUACAUAUAUAUACACGAAUAUGAAGAAUAUUUUUAUACAAAAUUUUCUACGCUUGCAGCUAGAGGAGCGACGGGCGAUCGUUGUACAUACACGCGCAAAUUGUUCUUUCGGUGUCGCACGUAUUUUUCCGCGUUGAAUGAAAUGGUGGUCGUUGUCUGUUUUUCAUAGUGACGUAAGAAAAUUCAGUCGCCAGUGAAUGUUUUUUAGAACGGCGCUAGAUUACUGUUCGGGAAAGGCUUAGAAUUUAGAAUGAAAAUGAUUUGUCACUAAACAAAGAAAUUAGUGAAAGAAAGAAAAAAAAUUUUCACCGUUUUGUUCCACGGGCUUUUAGCUGUCAGUGACGUGUAACAAUCAUUAAUAGUCUCGUUAUUUUUGCGUAAUAUAUAUAUACAUAUAUAUAUAUAUAUACUAAGCUAAAAAAACCGACCCAAGUGAAAUCGGGCUUUAAGAACGGGAGAAAAACUGACCGGGGAACAAGAAAACGGUUGCGCUAUGUGACAGAUGUUCGUUUUAAAAGAUAUCCGAUGCGUACUCGGUAAUUUGAGCAUUACCAAAUUACGUUCAUGCCAGUAUCAUUUUAAAUACCGUAUUCUAGUGGCCUUUCAGCGAUUUUUAAACUCUUGUCUCUUCCCCCCAUUUCUUUUUUUUUUAAGCUGUUAUCUCGCGCAUUAAGCGCGGAUAAUUUAAUUUCAGACAAAGUCUUAAUUUAGAUGACGUAGAUACUUUUUUACAUGAGCACGAGACUGCCGGUGUAAACACAUUUAAUACUCUUUCUACCAUUUACGUAUUCUCUUCCCUCCUCUCCUUAGUUUCUUUUCUCUUUCUCUAUCUCGAAAGGCUUCUCGACUGUUAUCAACACAGUCGCAAAUAAUUUGUACUUAAUAGGCAAGCAGCACCACCACCAUAAUAAUCUAAGACUCCGAAAGCAAUAAGAAACGCGAUGGGUACGUAGGAUAGAUUGUCGUCAUACAAUACUCGUUAACGUGCUCUCUCGACGACAAUUAAACAUACAAGAAUUUUUUCAGGAAGUAAUACUUAUAUAUAACAUUCAUUCGUAUGCCGGACGUUAAAAGUAACAAAUUUUACUGCUCCACAGUUGCUGUAGGUAUCCGUGAACUCUACAAUUAUUUUCUUCUCGGAGCUCUUCCUUAACUCUGUGUCAUUUUAUUUUUUAUUAUUAAAGAGAAUAAGAAAAGAGAGAAAAAAAAAGGGAAUCUCGUUGUAGAUAAAGAAAAUCACUUGUGGUCUUUGAACAGUAUAAAUGAAGCUGUGAUCUUUUUUUUUUUUUUUUUUAAAUUUUCAAUUAAUAGUUGGUCUCUAUAUUUUAAGGGCUAUCACUGAUCUAUUUUUCCAGAAUGUACAGUUCACGCGUUAAUGAACAGGUAUUAAGCAACGUUAAAUAUCACCGUAAUACGAUGGCCAGUGCAUCUACUCAUGUAUCGUUAUACCUAACAUUGUAUACCUAAACAACUUUGCCAAAAAUAGAUUUAGUCUAUGUAACAUAGAAUAUAGUUAAGGGCAUACGAUUAAAAUUAACGUUUUAUCUUUCUCUUUCAUGUCAUACACAGCAUUUACAUCCUCCUUCGUUUUCCUCUUCUUUGUAAUUCUUUUUUUUUUUUUUCUA